CAUGUCAAAACACUUCCGGCUUGCUCUCCAACUUGCCUUUCCGCCGGAGUGGCUGGUGUGCCCAGAGAGCAGAGGAGUGAACACCACGUAGAUCAUAGGCUAAAAAAAAUACAUAAAGAUGCCCCCAAAAAAGGGAGAAGCCCCGAAACAGCCUCCAUUGAUCGGACGAUUUGGAACCUCUCUGAAAAUUGGAAUUGUGGGAUUGCCUAAUGUCGGGAAAUCCACCUUUUUCAAUGUGCUGACCAAGAGCCAAGCUGCUGCAGAGAACUUUCCCUUCUGCACAAUCGACCCAAAUGAGAGCAGGGUACCUGUUCCCGAUGAGCGAUUUGAUUUCCUCUGCCAGUACCACAAACCAGCCAGUAAGGUUCCAGCUUUUCUGAAUGUUGUGGACAUUGCUGGUCUGGUGAAGGGAGCCCAUGCAGGACAGGGACUUGGAAACGCCUUUCUCUCCAAUAUCAGUGCCUGUGACGGCAUCUUCCACAUGACCCGCGCGUUUGACGAUGAGGAUAUCAUCCACGUGGAGGGUAACGUUGAUCCAGUGAGGGACAUUGAGAUCAUCCACGAGGAGCUGCGACUGAAGGACGAGGAAAUGAUCUCUCCAAUCAUAGACAAGCUGGAGAAAACUGCUGUGAGAGGAAGUGACAAAAAGCUCAAACCUGAAUAUGAUAUCAUGUUGAAGAUAAAGAACUGGAUAGUGGAAGAGAAGAAACACAUCAGAUUUUACCAUGACUGGAACGACAAAGAGAUUGAGGUGUUGAACAAAUACCUGUUUCUGACAUCCAAGCCCAUGAUUUACCUGGUUAACCUCUCAGAGAAGGAUUACAUCAGAAAAAAGAACAAGUGGUUGGCGAAAAUCAAGGAGUGGGUAGAUGCUCAUGACCCUAGUUCUCUGGUCAUCCCUGUGAGUGGAGCUCUCGAGGCAAAACUGCAGGACAUGGAGGAGGAGGAGAGGAAUAAGUACUGUGAGGAACAGAAGACGCAGAGUGUUCUGACCAAAAUAAUAAAGGCCGGCUAUGCAGCACUACAGCUGGAAUACUUCUUCACAGCGGGACCAGAUGAGGUGCGAGCAUGGACCGUCAGGAAAGGUUCCAAGGCUCCUCAAGCUGCAGGAAAGAUCCACACUGACUUUGAGAAAGGCUUUAUCAUGGCCGAGGUGAUGAAGUACAAUGACUUCAAAGAGGAGGGUAGUGAAAAUGCAGUCAAGGCUGCCGGAAAAUACAGACAACAGGGCAGGAACUACAUCGUGGAAGACGGGGACAUUAUCUUUUUCAAAUUCAACACACCCAAUGCUCCUAAAAAGAAACCAUGAAAACCACACAAUCACCAGAGGGAGAACUCAGAAUCCAGUUUAGUUGUGCCCCAAAGAGCCACACUGUCUGCUGAUUUUCAUACUUUUCUCUUGAAUUCAGAGGAUCAACUGAUGACCUGGUUGGCCAGAGGUAUUUAUUCAAUUGGCCUCCCAGAUUUGGACCAGAAUCUAUUGAAGUGAUUCUAUAUAAAAACGUUUCCAUACUAUAAUAGCACACAUUCCUACCUGAAAUUUUUUGAGAAUUUUUCUUUGCGGCUCUUUACCAGUCAAACAUUUUUGAAAACAUUUUAUUCCAGCUUCCAUGGUCUCAAUGAAAAAUUGGUAUAAAUGAACUGAGAACUCGAAAUAGCCUAAGAUACUAUAACAAAACACAAACUGCUUAGUUUUGUAAUGGAUGCUGUUUUUUAAUGCAUCAGGCUCAAUACUCAAGGCGGUUUUUGUUGCAAUUUAUCUAACACAAUCUUCUAUUCCUCUUGAGUAAUUACAGCUUCUUUCUGUCAUUAGUUGACAGUUACCUUCAUGAUGACUGCUGAUUAAUUGGCAAGCUCUUGCGUCAUAACACUUUUAAUUUGUGCUUUAUUACAGGCAUGUGUGCUCUCAAACUGUCAAAUCCCCUCCUGUAUUAUAAAACACUUGUAAACAGUGCUACAUGAGUUAGAGAAAUAUACAGCAUGUGUUGUCUGCUACUGGUUCUCAAUCAGCAUUCAUUAAGUAAAGGCCAUCUUGAAUGAGUUUUAGGUCUUUUUUUCUCAGUUCCUCUAUGGCUUUUUUUCUAAUUGAACUUUCUUUUAUGCUUUUUACAAUGAAGUCAUAACACCAUAAUUAUCACCAAAAAAAGCUAUAAUAUACAGUGUCUGUAAAGGUUUGAGUGGUGCAUUGUUUACUAGUAAGAGAAAAUGAAAGCCAUCACUCAGUGUUGCACUUCAGGCCAGUUCUGUGGGGUAUUCUGAAGGUAUUGUUAUUUUAUAAUGAGCAAAGCAGGAUUCCCUGACAGUGCAGGAUCGCUCACCUGAAUGGAGAAUUAUGUUAUACAAACUGCUUUUAUUGACUUAGUUUUGGCAAGUAAAAUGAAACAGACAGACUCUUGACAUUAUGCCUGCCUAACGAGAAAAUGCUUCAUUGCAAAUCAGCCAAAGGAGCAGCUCUGUUGAUCAUCUGGACUGUCUGUGCACAUUGUUUCACCUCUCCUCGCUGCCGCCACGGUGUGAAAGUCUUUAUUUUCAAGAGCACCUAAUAAAUCUCCCCUCACCACACAUCUCACUAAAUCGUGAACUAAGAUAGGAAUCCUGUGAAACUAAUAAAUAUCAUCCUCAUCAAUAUGCAUGUGUCAAUAAAAGGAGACAAACCUGUU